AUGCGGGACCCGCGGGGCGCCGUCAAAGCUGCCCCUGGACCCGGUACGCCUUGUGCUGCCCGUGCCUGUGCUGCCCGUGCCUGUGCUGCCCGUGCCUGUGCUGCCCGUGCCUGUGCUGCCUGUGCCUGUUGCUGCCCGUGCCUGUUGCUGCCCGUGCCUGUGCUGCCCGUGCCUGGUGCUGCCCGUGCCUGUGCUGCCCGUGCCUGUGCUGCCUGUGCCUGUUGCUGCCCGUGCCUGUGCUGCCCGUGCCUGUGCUGCCUGUGCCUGUUGCUGCCCGUGCCUGUUGCUGCCCGUGCCUGUGCUGCCCGUGCCUGUGCUGCCCGUGCCUGUGCUGCCCGUGCCUGUGCUGCCCGUGCCUGUGCUGCCCGUGCCUGUUGCUGCCCGUGCCUGUGCUGCCCGUGCCUGGUGCUGCCCGUGCCUGUGCUGCCCGUGCCUGUGCUGCCUGUGCCUGUUGCUGCCCGUGCCUGUUGCUGCCCGUGCCUGUGCUGCCCGUGCCUGUGCUGCCCGUGCCUGUGCUGCCCGUGCCUGUGCUGCCCGUGCCUGUUGCUGCCCGUGCCUGUGCUGCCCGUGCCUGUGCUGCCCGUGCCUGUGCUGCCCGUGCCUGUUGCUGCCCGUGCCUGUGCUGCCCGUGCCUGUGCUGCCCGUGCCUGUGCUGCCCGUGCCUGUGCUACCUGUGCCUGUUGCUGCCCGUGCCUGUGCUGCCCGUGCCUGUGCUGCCCGUGCCUGUUGCUGCCCGUGCCUGUGCUGCCCGUGCCUGUGCUGCCCGUGCCUGUUGCUGCCCGUGCCUGUGCUGCCCGUGCCUGUGCUGCCCGUGCCUGUGCUGCCCGUGCCCGUGCUGCCCGUGCCUGUUGCUGCCCGUGCCUGUGCUGCCCGUGCCUGUGCUGCCCGUGCCUGUGCUGCCCGUGCCUGUGCUGCCUGUGCCUGUUGCUGCCCGUGCCUGUGCUGCCCGUGCCUGUGCUGCCCGUGCCUGUGCUGCCCGUGCCUGUGCUGCCCGUGCCUGUUGCUGCCCGUGCCUGUGCUGCCCGUGCCUGUGCUGCCCGUGCCUGUGCUGCCCGUGCCUGUGCUGCCUGUGCCUGUUGCUGCCCGUGCCUGUGCUGCCCGUGCCUGUGCUGCCCGUGCCUGUUGCUGCCCGUGCCUGUGCUGCCCGUGCCUGUUGCUGCCCGUGCCUGUGCUGCCCGUGCCUGUGCUGCCCGUGCCUGUGCUGCCCGUGCCCGUGCUGCCCGUGCCUGUUGCUGCCCGUGCCUGUGCUGCCCGUGCCUGUGCUGCCCGUGCCUGUGCUGCCCGUGCCUGUGCUGCCUGUGCUUGUUGCUGCCCGUGCCUGUGCUGCCUGUGCCUGUGCUGCCUGUGCCUGUUGCUGCCCGUGCCUGUUGCUGCCCGUGCCUGUGCUGCCCGUGCCUGUGCUGCCCGUGCCUGUGCUGCCCGUGCCUGUGCUGCCCGUGCCUGUGCUGCCCGUGCCUGUUGCUGCCCGUGCCUGUGCUGCCCGUGCCUGGUGCUGCCCGUGCCUGUGCUGCCCGUGCCUGUGCUGCCUGUGCCUGUUGCUGCCCGUGCCUGUGCUGCCCGUGCCUGUGCUGCCUGUGCCUGAUGCUGCCCGUGCCUGUUGCUGCCCGUGCCUGUGCUGCCCGUGCCUGUGCUGCCCGUGCCUGUGCUGCCCGUGCCUGUGCUGCCCGUGCCUGUGCUGCCCGUGCCUGUUGCUGCCCGUGCCUGUGCUGCCCGUGCCUGGUGCUGCCCGUGCCUGUGCUGCCCGUGCCUGUGCUGCCUGUGCCUGUUGCUGCCCGUGCCUGUUGCUGCCCGUGCCUGUGCUGCCCGUGCCUGUGCUGCCCGUGCCUGUGCUGCCCGUGCCUGUGCUGCCCGUGCCUGUUGCUGCCCGUGCCUGUGCUGCCCGUGCCUGUGCUGCCCGUGCCUGUGCUGCCCGUGCCUGUUGCUGCCCGUGCCUGUGCUGCCCGUGCCUGUGCUGCCCGUGCCUGUGCUGCCCGUGCCUGUGCUACCUGUGCCUGUUGCUGCCCGUGCCUGUGCUGCCCGUGCCUGUGCUGCCCGUGCCUGUUGCUGCCCGUGCCUGUGCUGCCCGUGCCUGUGCUGCCCGUGCCUGUGCUGCCCGUGCCUGUUGCUGCCCGUGCCUGUGUUGCCCGUGCCUGUGCUGCCCGUGCCUGUGCUGCCCGUGCCUGUGCUGCCUGUGCCUGUUGCUGCCCGUGCCUGUGCUGCCCGUGCCUGUGCUGCCCGUGCCUGUUGCUGCCCGUGCCUGUGCUGCCCGUGCCUGUUGCUGCCCGUGCCUGUGCUGCCCGUGCCUGUGCUGCCCGUGCCUGUGCUGCCCGUGCCCGUGCUGCCCGUGCCUGUUGCUGCCCGUGCCUGUGCUGCCCGUGCCUGUGCUGCCCGUGCCUGUGCUGCCCGUGCCUGUGCUGCCUGUGCCUGUUGCUGCCCGUGCCUGUGCUGCCCGUGCCUGUGCUGCCCGUGCCUGUGCUGCCCGUGCCUGUUGCUGCCCGUGUCUCGUGCUCGCGCCCCCGUGCGCUCUGCUACUGUCUGCGCCCUCGUGCGCACUGUCCCCCCCCCCCCCCCGUUUGCGGCUGUCGCUGA